AUGAUCAUCGGCGCUGGACCGAUCGUCAUCGGCCAGGCGUGUGAGUUCGACUACUCCGGUACCCAGGCGUGCAAGGCGCUCAGGGCCGAGGGCUACGAGGUCAUCCUCAUCAACUCCAACCCCGCGACCAUCAUGACGGACCCGGAGACGGCCGAUCGCACUUACGUCGGCCCCAUGACGUUCGAGGCCCUGACGGACAUCGUCGAGAGGGAGCGCCCGGACGCGAUCCUGCCGACCAUGGGCGGUCAGACCGGACUCAACCUGGCCAAGGGUUUGGCGGAGAUGGGCGUCCUCGACCGGCUGGGCAUCGAGCUCAUCGGCGCGAAGCUGGACUCGAUCAACGUCGCGGAGGACCGCCUGCUGUUCAAGCAGGCAAUGGAGAAGAUCGGUCUCAAGUGCCCUCCGUCGGGCACCGCCAACACCCUGGACGAGGCCAUCGAGAUCCAGAAGAACCUCAUCGGCGAGUUCCCGGUCAUCAUCCGCCCGGCCUUCACGCUCGGCGGCACCGGCGGCGGCAUCGCGUACAACGUCGACGACUUCCACCGCAUCGUCAAGGCCGGCCUCUCGGCGUCGCUGACGAACCAGGUCCUGGUCGAGAAGUCCCUGCUCGGGUGGAAGGAGUACGAGCUUGAGGUGAUGCGCGACCUGGGCGACAACCAGGUCAUCAUCUGCUCGAUCGAGAACGUGGACCCCAUGGGCGUGCACACGGGCGACUCGAUCACCAUCGCGCCCUCGCAGACGCUGACCGACAAGGAGUACCAGCGCCUGCGCGACGCCUCGCUCGCCAUCAUGCGCAUCGUCGGCGUCGAGUGCGGCGGCUCGAACGUGCAGUUCGGCAUCAACCCCGUCGACGGCGAGGUGAUGGUCAUCGAGAUGAACCCGCGCGUGUCGCGGUCGUCCGCGCUCGCGUCCAAGGCCACGGGCUUCCCGAUCGCCAAGUUUGCCGCCAAGCUGGCGUGCGGCACCUCGCUGGACCGCAUCCCGAACGACAUCACGAAGGCCACGCCGGCGUCGUUCGAGCCCUCGAUCGACUACAUCGUGACGAAGAUCCCCCGCUUCACCUUCGAGAAGUUCCCCGGCGCGGAGCCCGUGCUGACGACGCAGAUGAAGUCGGUCGGCGAGGCCAUGGCGUUCGGCCGCACCUUCAUCGAGUCGUUCCAGAAGGCCAUGCGGUCGACGGAGCUGGGCUACGACGGCAUGUCGGUGCCGAAGAAGUUCACGCUGCCGACGGACGAGGAGACGAUUGCGUACAACCUGCGCACGCCCAACCCGGACCGCAUGAUCUACAUCGCGAAGGCGCUCGAGCUCGGGUGGACGGAGAAGAAGAUCGUGGACCUGACGAAGAUGGACCCGUGGUUCGUCAACCAGUUCGCCGAGGUGGCCAAGGUGGAGAAGUGGCUGCGGUCGUGCAAGCUCGAGGAGCUGACGGCGGAGGACUUCCGCGAGGUCAAGAGCCGCGGGUGCUCGGACGAGCAGAUCGCCAAGUGCCUCGGCGUCGACGCGUGGGCGGUGCGCAAGGCCCGCAAGGACCUCGGCGUGGUGCCGGUGUACAAGCGCGUCGACACGUGCGCCGCGGAGUUCGAGGCGAACACGCCGUACCAGUACUCGACGUACCACGAGGGCGAGUGCGAGGCGAACCCCACGGAGGCGCGCAAGGUGAUGAUCCUCGGCGGCGGGCCCAACCGCAUCGGCCAGGGCAUCGAGUUCGACUACUGCUGCUGCCACGCCGCGUUCGCGCUGCGCAAGGCCGGGUUCGAGACCAUCAUGGUCAACUGCAACCCCGAGACGGUCUCGACGGACUACGACACGUCGGACCGCCUCUACUUCGAGCCCAUGACGGCCGAGGACGUGCUCAACAUCAUCGAGAAGGAGCGCCCCGAGGGCAUCGUGGUGCAGUUCGGCGGCCAGACGCCGCUCAAGCUGUGCACGGAGAUCCAGAAGUACCUCGACGCCAACCCGAUCCCCAACGCCGCCGGCACCGGCGACGUGAAGAUCUGGGGCACGCAGCCGUCGUCGAUCGACGAGGCGGAGGACCGCGACCUGUGGUACCAGCUCCUCACGCGCCUCGAGAUCCGGCAGCCCCCCGGCUCGACCGCGGCGUCCGAGGAGGAGGCGGUCAAGAAGGCCAACGAGGUCGGCUACCCGGUCAUGGUGCGGCCGUCGUACGUGCUCGGCGGGCGCGGCAUGGUCACGGUGUUCAGCGACGACGAGCUGAAGAAGUACGUGCGCACCUCGGCGCUCGUCGAGCCCGACAAGCCGCUCCUGGUCGACAAGUACCUCGACCGCGCGACGGAGCUCGACGUGGACGCGCUCUGCGACAAGGACGGCAACGUGACCAUCUGCGGGAUCAUGGAGCACAUCGAGAUGGCCGGCGUGCACUCGGGCGACUCGGCCUGCUCGAUCCCCACGCAGACGGUCUCCGAGGAGGCUCUCUCGCAGAUGCGCGAGUGGACGGUCAAGCUCGCCAAGGCCCUCAAGGUGGUCGGGCUGAUCAACAUCCAGUACGUCGUGCAGGACGGCGUGCCGUACAUCAUCGAGGCGAACCCGCGCGCGUCCCGCACCGUGCCGUUCGUCGCCAAGGCCAUCGGGCACCCCAUCGCCAAGUACGCCUCGCUGCUCAUGGCCGGGAAGACGCUCGAGGACCUCGGCUUCACGGAGGAGCCCGUGCCGCCGCACGUGUCCGUGAAGGAGGUCGUCCUGCCGUUCGAGAAGUUCGCCGGCGCGGACGUGCUGCUCGGCCCGGAGAUGCGCUCCACCGGCGAGGUGAUGGGCAUCGACCCCGAGUUCUCGAUCGCGUACCUGAAGGCGUCGCUGGCGGCCGGGCAGCGGCUGCCGCUCGAGGGCAACGUGUUCAUGUCGGUGAACGACGAGUCGAAGGAGUUCCUCGUCCCCGUGGCGCGCGUGCUGUCGGAGAUGGGCUACAACAUCGUGGCCACGUCGGGGACGGCCGAGCGGUUCGAGGCGGAGGGGAUCCCCGUGAAGAAGGUGCUCAAGGUGCACGAGGGGCGGCCGAACAUCAUGGACGCGAUCACGAACGAGGAGAUCAACCUGGCCAUCAUCAUGUCGACGGGCGACAAGUACGACCUCGAGGACGGCAAGGCGAUCCGCCGCCUGGCGCUGGGCUUCAAGGUGCCGAUCGUGACGACGGUGGCCGGCGCGGUGGCCACGGCGGGCGCGCUCAAGGCGCUCAAGAGCGGAAAGGUGGAGCACAAGGCGCUCCAGGACUACAACCCGAGCCUGGCGCCGGACUUCGUUUGA